CAGCUCACUCUGGCGUCACGGACCGAGCGGGGCAAUGCAAGUGCCCAUGCCCGCCUCUCGCUCAUCUCCAGGCAUUUCGACCAGCGUCUGCCGCUGCCCGCGCUGAACACGCCCUUCUCGUCCGAGAGACAGUCCGUCGAGCCCGACGACCUGGAAUAUAAGCCCAUCGAACGGCCCCUGCCCCCAAUCGCCGAGCCUGCUCUCAGCAUCCAACGCAAGAUGUCUUCCCAAGCCGUCCAUAACACCCUGCUCAUCCCAGGGCCCAUCGAAUUCGACGAUGCCGUCCUGAACUCCAUGUCCCAUUAUGCCGAGAGUCAUGUUGGCCCGGCCUUUGUCAAGACAUUCGGCGAAACCCUGACCCUGCUGCGGAAGCUCUUCCAGACGACCGACCCAGCUUCACAGCCCUUUAUCAUCUCGGGAAGUGGAACGCUAGGGUGGGAUCUUGUUGCUAGCAAUCUGAUCGAGAAAGGCGAAGACGCCUUGGUGCUUCACACGGGAUACUUUGGCGAUUCAUUUGCCGCUGCACUAGAGACAUAUGGCGCGCGUGCAACCCAACUCAAAGCCCCCAUUGGAGAACAGCCCUCGCUCGCCGACAUCGAGGCAGCCCUCAAGCUCAAACCCUACAAACUAAUCACCAUCACCCACGUCGACACCUCGACUGGCGUGCUGAGCGACAUCAAGGCUAUUUCGGAGCUGGUCCACCGCGUCAGCCCGGGCACGCUGGUCGUCGUGGACGGCGUGUGCAGCGUGGGCUGUGAAGAGAUCGACUUCGAUGCCUGGGGUCUCGAUGUAGUGUUGACCGCCAGCCAAAAGGCCAUUGGCUGUCCGCCGGGGCUCAGCAUCCUGAUGCUGUCUAGCCGCGCCAUCAACGUCUUUAAGACCCGUAAAACCCCGCCGGGUUCAUAUUACGCCUCGAUCGCCAAUUGGCAGCCGAUCAUGCAGAACUACGAGGCCGGGAAGCCCUCGUACUUUGCCACGCCGCCCACACAGCUGAUCCACGCCCUGCACACGUCUCUCAGCAAGAUCACCGAACGGCCCGUCUCCGAGCGGUUUGCCAUCCACACCAAAACGUCGGAUAAAGUGAAGGCUGCUGUUGCCGAGUUGGGCUUGACACAGCUCGCCACGAAGCCCGAGAACCAGGCCCAUGCCAUGACAGCUAUUCGACUACCGGAGGGCCUGGUGGCGCCUGAUAUCCUGCCAGGGCUAUUGAAGCGCGGCGUUGUCUUUGCAGGCGGUCUGCAUAAAGAGAUUGCACCAUUGUACAUUCGUUUCGGACAUAUGGGUGUUAGCGUCACAGACCCUAACCGUAAGGAUAUCGAUAAUGCGAUUGUUGCAUUGAAGGAAGCCUAUGCUGAGGCUAAGAAAGCCAAGGGCAUCUAACUUAAGCUUGAAGCUUUCGGACUAGAAAAUUCACUUGUAUAUAGACGUAAGGUUCGCACUAUGGGUGGGAAAAGUAGAUGAAGAAUUCUAUCCUCUUUUCCAUACAAUGAAUAGGUCUGAAUACGUGUAAUUACUACGAUCGUAGAAAGGUCGACGAAAAGUUAAAGAAGAGAGAUCAAACAAUGCAUAUUUCUGGCUAUAAUAUCAUGCAAAUAAUGCAAACAUUCAAAACACACA